AUGGAAAAGGAUCUUGAACAACCUCUCGCCUGCGACCCCGAUGCCGACAUGGUGCGCAAUGAAAGCGAGCAAUCUCUCCUCGGCACGGGCUCCCGAUUGAGGCUCUUUUUCUUGAUGUGCGUCUUGACCUCCAUCGCCAAUUUCCCGUCAGCGUUUACCCAUACCUCAGUCAACAACGCCGUUCACGAAUUCAACGAUUAUCUCAAUGAGUCAUUUACCGGCCGGGAGUUGCCGCUAGAAAAUCAUCAUAUAUCACUUAUCCGCUCGACGAUCAACUGUGUCUGGUACGUAGGACAAGUUGGCGGUGCACUCGCCAGUCCAAUUAUUUGCGAUCGCUAUGGGCGAAAAGCCGCCUUCGUCCUGUCUUCUUUCUUCGUUACAAUUGGAGCAGCUCUGCAAUUUGUGGCGUCUUACUUUCCGGUACCAGAGCUCUUCUUCUUCGGGCGAAUAUUGGCCGCGGUCUCAUCUCCGCUGAUGGAUGCAGCGCUUAUCAUCUACCUUCAGGAAUGCGCCCCGGCAGCUGUUCGCGGAAGUAUGUCAUCUCUAUUUUCAACCGGCUACGCUGUCACUUGUCUACUUGGGAUGGCCUUGGGGCAAGAUGAGCUCUUGGGGCGAGAUCUUCAUCUUCUACUAUUGGUGCCACUUUUGACUGGCGCGGCUUCUACCCUCUACUUGUUGACGAUCCCCGACACGCCAAAAUACUUGGCGAUUAAAAAGAAAAACAAUUUGGCGGCUCAUCGUUCGAUCAGCUAUUUCCUGGGCUCUUCCAUCGACCCAGUCAUCGAAAAAGAGAUUUUGAAGGAGGAGGCAUCAGAGUCGUCACAAGAGGAAGAUGGCAGCAUCUUGCUUCUUUGCUCUUGCCCACGGAUGCGAAAUUCGCUAUACCUGUCGCUGGCGGCCUUGGUAUUCACGCUGCCAUUUUUCCCGAUUCUCCAAAGCUCAACCUAUAUUUACACGCGGAUCGGAAUCGACAAGACCACCGCUCAAUCAGCCUCCACGGCUCUUAUGGUGAUUUUCACUGGCGCGUGCUUCGUUUCGACUUCGAUAAUCGAUAGAUUUCCUCGGCGUAAACUUCUUUUGACGGCAGGCGCCACAUCAUUAUUACUUCUAUUCCUAUUCCCAACCUUUGAAUUGAUUUCCGACAUGCCCACCAUCUCAAUUGCUGUCUCUGCGCUUUACAUUUUCAUUUAUGGCGUUGGUGUCGGCCCUGUUGCUUGGACGAUUGGCCCCGAAUUGGUGCCGCUAAAUUAUCGAUCCGCUUUAUUCUGCGUCUGCUAUGCCCUCCACAGUCUACUGGUCGUGUGUACAAACUUUGUGAUCAUCCCCCUAUUUGAUCUCGUCGGCACAGCUGCAUUCCCGCUGCUCUACUCAUUGCCUGUUGGCGUUUCUUGGUGUCUUCUUUAUAUGCGGCUCCCCGAAACGAACAAGCAACAAACGCAU